AUGCCCACGGUAUUUUUGGUCUCUUUCCCUCCUGCCCCCAAAACCACUCUACACUUUCUCUUCUCUACUUUCUUCAAUCUUCGUUUUUAUACUCACAAAACCCUCCUCAAUCGAGUUGUCUUGCUAUACUCACAAAAUCCUCAUUCUUUUUCAAUCAAGCUGUGUCUUUGCCAACAAAUCAUCAAUUGGUUCGGGUGUUGCUGUUGGAGCAAUCCAUCAAUUGUUUCAUACGCAAGAGCUAGCUCGGGUGCCAAAGGUGUGCAACUUCGUUGGAUCAGGUUUGCAAGUGAAGUUUUUGUUCUUAUGGAGCUUUCAUUUGUACUUGUAAAACAUGUAUCUAAGGGCUGUCAAGGUAGAGGAAAGGUGCAACACGAAUGGGGAGAUGGACUAAUUUCAAGGGAAGACCACAGUCCAAUACACCACUUUGACCAUUAUACAUUCAAUAACAACUUAUUUUGUAUGCUUUUGAUUUCUAAAGAUCCUUACAUUCCUUUCUUCCUAGAUAGUUCAAAAUCCAAAUGAUAACAUCCCCUGUGCAUCUCUAAAGAUCCUUACAUUAUGUUUGUGUUUGCAGACUACAGUUGUUGAUGACAUUCAUUUCACAAAAGAUAUGCUUAUUGAUAAUUCCACCAAGGCUGCCUCCAAAUUUACACAGAAAAAAUCAUCAUCCUAUAAAACCUAUGCUUCCAACAUUCCUAGAAAAUUGGUCCUUAUGACAGUAAAUUUUUGGUGUGCAUCCAAAAUUUCUGUAGCUGAACUGAUCCUACUAUUUUUAUUUAUUUGAACACUAUUGGUAGCAAUGGGAAAGACCUUCAAAUAUCUGGAAUCCAAUUGGAUCAAAACCAUAUUAUUUCCAUAUUUCUUUUUCUCUUCUCUAUUUAUUUGAACACUAUUAUCUGAU